AUGUCGUCUAUUCCGUCAAUAGACCUCACGCAAGAGGAACCAGAAGACGACAACGCGUUCCCCGUGUCUCAAAGUAGUCUCGCUCAGAACAGCCAAACGUUGCUGAAGGGUCUCGGACAGUCAGGUAUGCGUCUUCCAACUUUAAGCUCCGCUAUUGGGAGUUCAUCAAGACAAGAGCGACUUGCCCCAUGGGCGUCGAGAAGGCAAAGCAACCCACAGGGUAUGAUAACUACUCCAAGAUCUGUGCCGCGUCAACAAGAACUGAAAGAGGAACUACGAUCCCUGGAACAGUCAGAGGAACCCUUCUUUAGGUCUUUGGCAGUCGGUGAGGAUAAGGCUGGUAGUUUGAGUGAAUCGGGUCUCUCGCAGGAGAAUGGUUCGCACGAAGAUUCAGCUUCCAAAAGACGCAAGUUUAAUGGUACCACUGCGGAUGGUGUAUUUAAGGAAGAAACAGGAUCCCAAAAAAGUGGUAGUUAUUAUUCGAACGAAAGCAGUCUGACACCAGGCGCUUUCGGGCAAGAAGGUUUCGUUCCUAAUCUUUCUAAUACCACACCGCCAAAAAACGCUAUUGAGCUAUUUGAUAGAAAUCGAGAGCCGUCUACUGAGAUCUCAACGCAGUCAAAGAGGACACCCCCUCUUUUGACUAGUGAUAAAGACCAUGCUCCCGUCAUUUCACAUCAGCUUGACACUUCUCCCUUGGCUUUACGUUUGGCUAAUAGUAAUGAUAACGACACACCGAUAAUUGUGCUCAGUGACGAGGAUGACGAGAGACUGGAUAAAAAGCAUAGGCACCCCGUCAAUGAAGCUCUUCAACUGCAAAACCGUCCUCCAAAAGAACAGGGACAUAAUAAUACUGAUAAUAGUGGUUCCGAUGUCGAACGCUUAAGAGGUAUCCAUGAAAGUAACCUAAGGGCAAAAGUAUUGAGAGAUCGUCAGUUGGCUUUAUUGAGGACUACUUGCCGAGACACAAAGUUAAUUUUACACAAAAAGCUGCAGAAAAGAGAAGAGCUUAUUCGAGAAGCAGAUUCUAAGCUUCGCUCUCACUUAACUGCCAACAAUGAGUUCGAUCAACUAUCUAAUGUUAGACAAUUUCAGGAAGAACUGCGACUUUUGGAAGAGAGACGAGCACAGACUCUACAGAAGCUGCGAAAGCUGGAAGCUAAAGAAGAUGCUGCAAAUCAAGAGUAUACCCAAUUUAUCACCAAGCACACUACUAAACUCCAACAAUCUCAGUUGGACUUACAAAAUGCUUUGAGUAGCCGGAUACAUGCGAACAUGGUAGAAGAGCGAUCCAGGCUAAUGAGCGAAAGAUCGGAACUGGAAAGAAGUUUCAGAUCUGGUGCUAUAGAUUCCACCACACUGUUCUCAAGAAAAAGUGCAAUUGAUACAGCUUUGAAUCAAUUGCAAGCCACUCAAAUGGCACCGAAACAAUCUGGAAGUAUUCAUCAUUCGGAUGUUUACUUUAAGUCGAUUGAGGUUGCGCGGGAUUUAAUAAAAAAAAAUACUGUUAGGUCCUCACAGAACAAGAGCUUAAUGUCAUAUUACUUGAACAUUGUUGAGCAAUUCAGAAGAGCUUGUGAAAGUGGUCUCCGAUACAGUCCAAGGAAGAAAUACGAAGUUGAAAAGGCAAUUACUGAGCUAUUUCGGCAUGGCGUAAAGAUGCCUGCCGUUUCCAAGUACUUGAGAAGCAUGGGCUUUCUGGUAGACCCUGAUGAGUUUGAUAGAGCUUAUGCCGUGAAUAGCCCUGUUCAAAAUAAUGAUGAAUUUAUGACUGUUGAUGGGCAUCACGGUUCUGACGACGAUAUUCUUGAGCUUGUAAAAUCACAGGAAGAACGUCAAACGAAUCCGUUGCAGCUAUCGAAUAUUUACAACAUCCAAGACAACGACAGUCUCCAAGAACUACUUGAAGGGUUGAAAACAACUGAAGCAGAGGUAGAAGGUGAAGAACUGACACCACGCGAACUCACAGUUAAUCUCAUGAAGCAUCAACGUAAAGGGCUCAGUUGGUUGCUCCAGGUCGAAAAGUCAAACAAGAAAGGGGGUCUUUUAGCCGAUGAUAUGGGUCUGGGUAAGACCGUUCAAGCUAUUUCCUUGAUGUUGGCAAAUAGGUCUGUGGAUGAAAAAUGUAAGACCAAUUUAAUUGUCGCGCCAGUUGCUGUUCUGAGGGUUUGGCAAGCGGAGGUCAGAACAAAGGUGAACAAGACGGCUGGCUUAAAGGUUCUUAUUUUUGGAGGUAGCAAUGGCGCCAAAGUAGAGAGCUAUCGUAGCUUGCUCAGGUACGAUAUUGUAUUGGUUUCAUAUCAAACUCUAGCAAGCGAACUUAAAAAGCAUUGGCCCGCUAAGCUGACACAAGAUUCUGAAGAAUCGAUAAUGACGGACGUGCCUGAUAUAGUAGCGAUGAAUACGCUCAAGGAACGAAAAGAAUAUUGGUCGCCAUUCUUCAACGACCAGUCUAAAUUUUAUAGGGUUAUUUUGGAUGAAGCCCAAAACAUCAAAAACAAAAAAACUCAAUCAGCUAAAGCCUGUUGUGCGCUUAUUUCUAUUUAUCGCUGGGCGCUGUCAGGAACUCCAUUGCAAAACAACAUUAUGGAACUUUAUUCGCUUAUAAGGUUCUUGCGAAUCUCGCCAUAUAACCGAGAGCAGAAAUUUAAGUUGGAUAUUGGCAACCCGCUGGGACGAUUAUCCAACGAUUUUGAUAGUCAUGAUCGUAAGCAAGCACUUAAGAAGGUCCAAGUGCUUUUACGAGCCAUUAUGCUAAGAAGGACUAAGGAUUCCAAGAUUGAUGGAAAUCCCAUUUUAGAGCUUCCCGAUAAAACCAUUAACAACGAGGAAGAAACUUUGACGGGAACAGAGCUAAACUUUUAUUCUGACCUGGAAAUUAAGAAUCAAAAGAAAGCAGAGAAACUGUUGACUAAGCGCACUAAAGGCAAUUACUCUAAUAUUCUGACAUUAUUAUUGAGAUUACGCCAAGCCUGCUGUCACUCAGAACUUGUUGUCUUAGGCGAGCACAAGAGCGAGACGUCAAAAGUCGCAAAUGGUAAAGACUUCCAAAAUGAUUGGCUACGUUUGUUUGAGCUGGCUCGAAGAAUGCCUGGUAUUGGAAGAGAUGCAGUCACGGAGGGUUUAGAGAAUAUGACUUGCCCAUACUGCAUGGAGCAAAUGGAACUGGAUUCGACUAUGGUAAUCACACCCUGUGGCCAUAUGCUUUGUGACGGUUGUUCUGAGCAGUACUUCGAGGAUGCUCGUGUUCAAACCGGCGCUAGAAAGAUAGUAAACAGCGGUUAUCUUGUACCUUGCCUGGUGUGCAAUAGAUUCAUCGAUGACAAUGAGGUUAUCACAUACAAACUUUAUGAUCAAGCGAUUAAUCAAAACUUAACAGUGCAGGGUUUGAAAGACGAGUAUGCUGACGAGAUGCAAGCUCGAAAAGAUCGCCUCAAAAAUGGCUACAAAAUCAACUACGAGACCAUCCAACCGUCAACAAAGAUUUCACAGUGUCUGGAUAUCUUUCGCAAUGUACUUUCGAGCUCAAAAGAUGAGAAAGUCUUGGUAUUCUCGCAGUUUACUACUUUUUUUGAUUUGCUACAACAUUUCAUUCACAAAGAACUGGGAGUUCGAUAUUUGAGAUAUGAUGGAUCCAUGGAUGCUCAAGCACGGGCUGCUACAAUUGAAGAAUUCUACAAGAAUCCCGAGAAAAGAAUUCUCUUAAUCUCCAUGAAAGCAGGCAAUGCCGGAUUAACACUAACUUGCGCAAAUCAUGUUAUUCUGGUGGAUCCUUUUUGGAACCCAUUCGUUGAAGAGCAGGCAAUGGAUCGUUGCUACAGAAUUAGUCAAACAAAAGAAGUGCAGGUUCACAAGCUUUUGGUCAAAAACUCUGUCGAGGAUAGAAUUUUGGAGCUACAGAAGAAGAAAAAAGAGCUAGUAGAAAGCGCGAUGAACCCCAACAAAAUUCAGGAAGUCAACCGUCUAGGACGUCGCGAGCUAGGCUUCUUAUUUGGUUUGAAUACAUUAGAGUGA